AUGGGGGAGGUCUUUCUCGACAAGACGAUCAGCCUGCUCUCGUCAGAGAAGCAGAAGGCCCGGUCGGAUGGUUUGGCAGGUUUGAUACUUUCUACAUUAUCUCCUCGCAGAAUCACUGGUCCUAACUCACCUGGCAGACUUGAAGCAUAUCUUCCAGCAGAAUAA